AAUAUCACAUCCAAUUAGGCAAUUACUAUAUCAUCACUACAACAUAAAAUCUAUUCAAUUCAAUGACUUGUUCAAAAGUUACUAUCCUACUACUAGUCCUUCUAAUUUCUACGGUUACAAUUGCAUAUGCUGCCAAUUUUAAUCAAGAUUUUGAUAUAACAUGGGGGGAUGGUCGUGCUAAAAUACUCAACAAUGCCCAACUUCUUACUCUAUCUCUUGAUAAAGCCUCUGGCUCUGGCUUUCAAUCCAAAAAUGAAUACCUUUUUGGUAAAAUUGACAUGCAACUUAAACUUGUUCCUGGUAACUCUGCUGGCACUGUCACCGCCUAUUAUCUAUCAUCAAAAGGGGGUGCAUGGGAUGAAAUUGACUUUGAAUUCUUGGGAAAUUUGAGUGGUGAUCCUUACAUUCUUCACACCAAUGUGUUUAGCCAAGGAAAAGGUAACAGAGAGCAACAAUUCUACCUUUGGUUUGACCCAACUGCAGAUUUUCACACCUAUUCCAUCCUUUGGAACCCACAACGGAUUGUUUUUUCUGUGGAUGGAACUCCAAUCAGGGAAUUCAAGAACAUGGAAUCAAAGGGUAUUCCAUUUCCCAAGAAUCAACCAAUGAGAAUCUAUUCCAGUCUUUGGAAUGCUGAUGAUUGGGCUACAAGAGGAGGACUUGUCAAAACAGAUUGGUCAAAUGCUCCUUUCACUGCUUCAUAUAGAAACUUCAAUGCUAAUGCAUGCACUGUGUCUUCUGGAAUAUCAUCUUGUAGUUCAACACAAUCUAAUAAGAAUGCUUGGUUUUCUGAGGAGUUGGAUUCUACAAGUUAUGAGAGGCUCAAGUGGGUGCAAAAGAAUUAUAUGAUCUAUAAUUACUGCACUGAUAUCAAAAGAUUUCCUCAGGGUCUACCUCAAGAAUGUAGGAUGUCUUAGGAGAACUUGUUUUUGUGGAUUUGAGAAUUCAGUUUUCCAUAAUCCUUUGUGAAUUGUAUUUCCUAUACGUUUGUAACUUUCAUAGUGAUAUUCUUUGAUUCAUAUUUCAUUGUAUAAGUGAUCAUAAUAAAGGAAACAAUUCACAUGGUUAA